GGCUGGGAACUGCCACUUCUGAGAGGCAGCCUGUGCGACCAUGUGCACACAGACUUGGCUUCCAGUGGCACAGAGGCUCCCAGGAAAAUUAUUUUGAAAAAACAUGAACGCACAAGGCUAAAGUCAAAGCAGCAGUGAGAGCAAAAAGCAAACAGCAGGCUUUUCUACCGAGAAUAAGCAUUUGAAAGCCCAAGAAGUUUAAGGUAAUGAUCAGAGCCAUACCUAAAAGAGACUAAAAACUCCAUUUCAAGGUCUGACGCUGUGACUCUCCUCAUGGCAGGCAAGCCAACUACAGCCUCAUAACUUUUAGUCAGAUAAAGACCGGGAGGAAAUAGAGAUUCCUUGACCCCGGAGAUUAAAUCAGCUCAAGGGGAUUUCAAGCCACUUGCUGCCCGCGAUGAACUCCACCCACCACCACGGGAUGUACACCUCACUUCACUUCUGGAACCGCAGCAACCACGGACUGCACAGCAAUGCCAGCGAGCCCCUGGGAAAAGGCUACUCUGAUGGAGGUUGCUACGAGCAACUUUUCGUCUCCCCAGAGGUGUUUGUGACUCUGGGUGUCAUAAGCUUGUUGGAGAAUAUUCUGGUGAUCGUGGCAAUAGCCAAGAACAAGAAUCUGCACUCACCCAUGUACUUUUUCAUCUGCAGCCUGGCUGUGGCAGACAUGCUGGUGAGUGUUUCCAAUGGAUCAGAAACCAUUGUCAUCACCCUGUUAAACAGCACAGAUACAGACGCACAGAGCUUCACAGUGAACAUUGACAAUGUCAUUGACUCUGUGAUCUGUAGCUCCCUGCUUGCGUCGAUUUGCAGCCUGCUUUCCAUUGCAGUGGACAGGUAUUUUACUAUAUUUUAUGCACUCCAGUACCAUAACAUCAUGACGGUGAAACGGGUCGGGAUCAUCAUAAGUUGUAUCUGGGCAGCUUGUACAGUUUCAGGCAUUCUCUUUAUCAUUUAUUCGGAUAGUAGUGCUGUCAUCAUCUGCCUCAUCACCAUGUUCUUCACCAUGCUGGCUCUCAUGGCUUCUCUCUAUGUCCACAUGUUCCUGAUGGCUAGACUUCACAUUAAGAGGAUUGCUGUCCUCCCAGGCACUGGCACCAUUCGCCAAGGUGCUAACAUGAAGGGUGCAAUUACCUUGACCAUACUGAUUGGGGUGUUUGUUGUCUGCUGGGCCCCAUUCUUUCUCCACCUGAUAUUCUAUAUCUCUUGUCCCCAAAAUCCAUACUGUGUGUGCUUCAUGUCUCACUUUAACUUGUAUCUCAUACUGAUCAUGUGUAAUUCGAUCAUUGAUCCUCUUAUUUAUGCACUUCGGAGUCAAGAACUGAGGAAAACCUUCAAAGAGAUCAUCUGUUGCUAUCCCUUGGGAGGCCUCUGUGAUUUGUCUAGCAGAUAUUAAGUGGAGUCAGAGGACACACUAAAAACCUGCAAAAGACUUUUCCAUUCUUGUACAACCUGAACGGUAUACUUCAGCAAUUGCUGUGUCUUCUGUGCAGUGCUUUGUUGUAUAUCUAUUGUAUAAAUUUAACUUUAUGAUUUUUGAUAUAAAAAUGUGCAGUCUCAGUAUUAUUUAAAUGUCAUGCUACUUUUGGUUGUGAAAUGUUAAUGUGAUUGUAGGUCACAGGUACUUUAUAAAAGCAAGAGACAUCUCUAUUAAAAGCUUAACAAUGUCUCUCCUUAUUCAUCAGAAUUUGACAAUUUGUUCUGGUAACACAGAAAUCAGAGCUUCAUUAAAUAUGCUAUUAUAAAUGUUUUUAUAGGUUAUACUGUGCAACACUGAAAUGUAGAGGUUUGAGUCUAAUAUUAAAGGAGAAAUAUUUUAAAGAAUAUAUGCCUAUUCAUUAAAUAAAUUAGUGUCAUCAGUAAAAUUUCAAGUAGCUUAAUAAAAGCUUGUCCUCCUCCUGUGCAGAAGCAGAAAUAAAGCUACUCUUGAAAGAAAACAGUUACUGGAAAAUAACAAGUGAUAUUCUGUAUCAGAACACUAUCAUGUUUUGCAAAAACAGAAAGAUCCGUCUGACCAAGCAAACAGCCUCACACUGCACACAGGCUGGGAGCGGUGGCAGCAGCUUACAGAAAUCAAAGUGUUCCGGAAAACCUAAACUGUCAUGUCACGCUGAACUUACUGGUACAAAGCUAUAUCCAACCAUGAAUGAUAAAAUAAAGAAGGAAGAUUUUUCUGCCACCUUUACCUAGGGACUGGUGUCUGCUGAAAUGUCCAGGAAAGUUGAUAUUCCAUUCAGAAGUCCAGCAUUCAAUCUCAAAGGAACUAUAUGAUUGAUAAAUUCUAUCACUUUUCUUAAGGAGGUGACUUGCUGCUUAUGUAUCGUUUAUUUCUUGACGAAGGAGAUAAGUGCUGACCAUCAAAGAUUUUAACUCUUCAAACCAAAUCUGUAGCACAAGUGUUUUCAGGCAAUAUUUUUAGAUACCUAAGUGAGGGUACCUGUGAUGUUGAUACAUUAUGAGUAGGAAAUGAAUGCACUGAGUGAUUCCCAAAAGAGGUUGUGAAAUAAAAUAGUCUUCCAUAGUCACAUCUGGGAGAAUGAAUUCCUGUUUUUCUCCAAAAUAAUCCCACAGUUCUGGCCACUGAGCAGUAAACUGUGCUUUCCAGUCUGAGUGUAGUUUAAAAUAGACAAGAAUGUAUUAAGCUGAAGGUUAGCAGAAAACUAUCUUGUGAUUAAGUAUAUAGUGUCUUUAUAUGUAUACUCCUGAUGCUGAGAUCA